CAAUGCAGAAAAUGGAGACAAUAAUGAUUUUCCAAUUGUUUCUUCUAAUCUGCUCUUUUUCCACAGCUCUGCUUCAAUCAGACUCACAGAAUGAAAUAAUUUCACAUUUAAAGCAAACUGAAUCACAGACUGAAGGUACAGGAACUCUCUCUGACCCCCAACAAAGAUGUACACAGGACAUCAAUGCUGUGCUGAGAGAGAUGAGUGCCUCUUUGGGUGGACUCAAGGUUGGCAUGGAGUACUUACAGAUGGAUAAUGAAGCUAAGACAAAAGAAAUAGAGUUGUUGAAAGAACAGGACCAAGUACAAGCAGCAAAAGUAAGAAAGCUUGAGCAGCAGUAUCAAGCUCAGGCUGAAGAACUGAUCUCUGUAAAAGCCAGGGCAAACAACACUGAGGACCAAGUGGAGGUUCUGAGCAAGGAAGGAAAAGAGAAACGAGUGGCUUUCUCUGCUUCCCUGCUGGCCUCAGGUGGAGGACAUAUUGGACCAUUUAACACUCAGAGACCUCUAGUUUUCAGGAAUGUUGUUGCAAAUAUUGGCAAUGCCUACAACCCAGACACAGUUUUUUUCAUUGCACCUGUGAGAGGAGCUUAUCACUUUGAGUUCUACUUACAUGGAGGUGGACAUGCGUCACAUACUACAGGUGCUGUGUUGGUCAAGAAUGGAAAGCCAUUUUUCACUGCAUCUGCACAUCAGCCUUCUUAUUCUGUUAGCCCAUCAAAUGGUGUCACAUUGCUGUUAGAAAUUGGAGAUGUUGUAUUAGUGAAUCAGGUGCAAAACUCAAGAAUUUAUGAUGAUCACACUCAUCCUACCACCAUUAGUGGUCAUUUGCUUUUUACUAUGUGAUUAUGAAACAUUUCUUGUUCUAUUAUGUUCUAAAAUGUCACAGAAGUUCUCCACAGGAAUCUCACUCAAUCUCUCACUCUAAAAAUCCUAAUAGAUUUUGUCUAAGCUUGAAAAUGU